CUUGAUGUUAAUAACACACUUAAAUUUGGUCUUGAUGCAUCCCCUUUCUCCUUCAGUUCAAUAUAGCUGUUUUUCCUUUGAACCCUUGCAUAUACUUACUUCCACUGUUAUGGGAAGAUGAUGAUUGCUCUCAAAACCAUACAUCCCUCUUUCAGACAUACUAACAUCAAAUGUAAUAUCCACUGCACACGACUUCACAAAACAAGAAGUUCUACUUUAUGCCUCUGCAAGUCGAAUGGGUCUGAUUCUCAAGCUCCUCGGCCAGGAGAUACUAAAAAACAAGAACUACUAGCCCAAAUGGCCAUGCUUCAAACUCGAAAAGUCCGUCUUAUAGAUUAUCUAGAUGAGAGAUCGGCAUACUUAACCCAAUUUGGUGAAAAAGUCAAUGCCGAGUUUGAAAAGAUUGGAGAAGAUGCCCUCAGAGAUAUAGAUGAAGCUGGUGCCAGAAUAACAGCAAACAUGGAUAGCCAGAUGCUAGAAUUCGAGGAAUCUGCAGAAUUUAACAGACAAGAGAUUGAAGAGCGUGAAAAAAAGUUAGAGGAGUUUGAAAUUCAAAUAGAAAACGACAGAAACGAAGGGCUAUUCUUUAAGAACCUCAGAAAGAAGGUACCUGUUGUUGAUAAAGCACAAGCCAAAGAGGAGGCAGAAAAAAUUAAAGAUGUAACUCGAGAAAAAGCUGGUAGCAGAAUCAGAAAAAAUGUUUACCGCUUCUUCAUUGGCCUUCUGACCUUUACAGUAGUUUAUUCUAUUGCCUCGUCAUCAACUGAUUGGAGGAAAGUAGCAGUUUUUGGAGUAAUUCUUGUGGCGUUGAUUUCUCAGUUCAUCUAUGAACAAAACAUGUCAGCAGAAACUAGGACCACAAGAAGGACCAACAAUGAAGAGGCAGAUAAAUGAGUUAAAUUUUUACUUUUAUUAUUGCAUGAUAUAAUAAACCCAAGUAUAGUCUUGCAACUUGGGCCUGAUAUUACCAUGCAGAUUUGCUUUGGCAUCGACAACAGAAGAUAUUGGAUGAUAUCACUAAAAUCACCAAAAUCUGAGUAACUGGGUUAUCUUGUGAUGCUGAUUAAAUUCUUUAUAACCUAUGUCAAUACUCAAUACAGAAAAACAUAUUUUCUA